GUUUCCGAGCGCUGCUGCGUUCUCGAUGGGGAAGUGUGCUGCAAGUCGAUCAUGAGAAAGUAUUCCAGGACAUGAACCAACCACUUAGCAAUUAUUUCGUCAAUUCGAGUCACAACACCUACUUGAUGGGUAUCCAGAUUAAGGGGGAGGCAACCGUUGAAGGGUACAUAAAUGCCAUAAAAAAAGGCGCGCGGCUGCUUGAACGUAAAUGUUUAGUGGACGUUCUGGAUGGCGCAAGCGGGGAGCCGUGCAUCACUCAUCGCGGUACGCUGGUGGCGUCGAUAUUUCUCAGAGAUGCUCUGCAAGCCAUCAAGAGUUAUGCAUUUAGAUACAGCCCGUACCCGCUCAUCCUGACAAUCGAGAAUCACUGCAGCUUACAACAGCAAGAAGCCAUGGCCCGAGCAUUCGUCGAAGUAAACACGUAACU